AUGGCCCAACAAGGGUCAUCCAGACCAUUUCGCGCCAUUGCGCCGCGAACGCUUCCAGAUCCUCUGCCGCCGCCUGCUCAUCCGGGAGGUGGGUUUGAAGAGGCCAAGAUAAGGAGAGCAUCUGCAGCUUGCACUGAAUGCAAAAGACGUCGAACAAAGUGCAGCGCAGAUACCACCGGGCCUCCCUGCGCCGAAUGUGCGCUCCAUGGACGUGCGUGUGUUAUCGAUGAAUCUGCAGACAAGCGGCGUAAGGUCGCGGCCCGACGUGCCCAAGAGGAAUUGCGAUAUUAUCGUGGGUUUGUCGAGCAGCUGCUGAAGGCGAUUCGGCAAGGCGAGAGGACGGAUGUGGAAGCAAUUGUUGCCGUCAUUCGGUCGGGCGCAUCUCACGACGACAUCCGUGCCGUUGUUCGAGAGUUCCUGACGAGGAACGCGAAAGGGGAGGCAGAUAUGCCGGACGGCGUGGGGCAGGGAACAGAGACCGACGAUACAUCGAAAGACUUGACUCCGGAAAGCUGGUCGUAA